GCUUCGGUAUUGAUCAAUAUUAGUCUACGACGGAAAGAUCCUUUCUUCCCCAAAUUCCAAAUUCCUCUGCUGUUCCGAUCAUGGAGUUGGAAUGCUUGACCGAAUUGCCCCAUGCCCACGUAGAUCGCCCAAGGAAGAGAGCGAGAUUAGGCUGGGAUGUGUCCAUCGCUCCUACGAUAGGAGUUUUAUGUGGGCAAGAAGUUGGUGGUGUUACAAGCUUGGCCUCUGUGGGGGCACCUUCAGACCAUACUUAUUAUACUAUGCAUGCGAAGGGUGUGGCUCGAAUUGCUUCCCCUCCAUGGAGAGAAGAUGAUAAAGAUGGCCAUUACAUGUUUGGUCUUGGAGAAAAUCUAACUUCUCGCUAUAAGAUUUAUAGCAAGAUGGGAGAAGGUACCUUUGGUCAGGUUCUAGAAUGUUGGGAUCGGGAAUCUAAAGAAAUGGUAGCAAUUAAGAUUGUUAGAGGCAUAAAGAAAUAUUGGGAUGCUGCUCUGAUUGAAAUUGAUGUGCUUCAACAGCUAGCAAAACAUCAAGCAUCAUCUGGCCUUUGUGUGCAAAUAAGGAACUGGUUUGACUAUCGUAACCAUAUCUGUAUUGUGUUUGAGAAGCUUGGCCCAAGUUUGUACGAUUUUCUUCGAAAAAAUGGUUACCGACCCUUUCCAAUUGAUCUUGUUCGUGAGAUUGGCAGACAACUAUUGGAAUCUGUAGCAUUUAUGCAUGAUUUGCGUCUCAUUCAUACUGAUUUGAAGCCGGAGAACAUUCUUGUUGUUUCUCAAGAGCAUGUAAAUGUGUCAGAUCACAAGUUUCCCAGUAACAACAUGAGAUUACCCAAGUCAAGUGCCGUUAAGGUAAUUGAUUUUGGAAGCACAACUUACGAUAGCCGCGAUCACAAUUAUAUUGUAUCAACGAGACAUUAUAGGGCUCCUGAAGUUAUAUUAGGGCUUGGAUGGAGUUACCCAUGUGAUGUAUGGAGCCUGGGCUGUAUACUUGUGGAGCUUUGCUCUGGGGAGGCUUUGUUUCAGACUCAUGAAAACCUUGAGCACCUUGCCAUGAUGGAGAGGGUGCUUGGUCCCAUACCCCGUCAUAUGAUGAAAAGGGCAGAUAGACACGCAGAGAAAUAUUUUCGAAGAACUCGUUUGAACUGGCCAGAAGGUGCUUCCUCCAGGGAGAGCAUCAAUGCCGUUCAUAAAAUGCUUCGACUUCAGAACUUGGUUAUGAAGCAUGUGGAUCGGUCUGCUGGAGAUCUGAUCGAUUUGUUGCAAGGUAUGUUCAAGUAUGAGCCAGCUGAGCGUUUGACGGCUCAUGAAGCUCUUAGACAUCCCUUCUUCAGGAAUAAUAAUCGCAGAAUGGAAUAACAUAAAAUUGUUUCCUUUGUACAUUAAUGGUUUAUGAUAUAUAGAAGCAGACUAACCUAACAUGAGUAGUGGAACCUCGAUGUAAUUUUCUUUUUUAAUGAACGAGCCCCAUUUGUGUCU